UCUACUUGACUGUUGGUACUAAUAACACUAGUAUAUAACACAUUAUUAAAUACUUUAUAUGUAUUGUGAAACUCUUUAUAAAACUUGAAAAUUGGUACAGGCAUUUUUUGAAGUUGGUUAUAAGGAACGUUUGUUAGUACAAAAUGCACGGAGAAAUACCAGUGUUGACUAGAUGUUGUAUCUGUUUUCCAUUACGAUAUGGCUUGCUUGCGUGGGCUUAUUUUAGAUUGAUUGUAACCGGUGCCUUUUUUACUAGCCUGACGAUCAAUUUCAUAGAAUUUAUAGAUAAUGACAAAGUGAGGGAUCUGAACAUAAUGGGAUUCGUGAUGUUCAUCCUCUUCACUGAUAUAGUGGUGACUUCUAUGUUUGUCAUCGGAGGACAUUUGAAAAACUUGUAUAUAUUAAAAUCGUUCUACAUCUACUCUAUAUUCCUGUGGUCUCUGAUGAUGUUGUUCGGCAUGAUGCUGACUGUGCAAACGGUGAACCGAUUGAGAACAGCCACAUAUCAUAGAUAUGUUCGGUUCCUAAUACUGGACCUGACUAGCUUCGUUUUCCAAAUCGUGAUCCAGUCCUAUGUUAUUCUGCUGGUAAGAAGUGAGAUAGUGAAACUGACAAACAACUGUGAAUUCAAGUUUGUGAACAACGCAGCACAAGUGGAACUUCAAAUUAAGGGUGAUGAUGAAAAUACUGAGCAACCAAACCUUCAGAAAAAUGGAAAUAUGAUUGUUUAAAAAUAUAGAACAAUUUAUAUGAUGAAAAUUGUAUUGCAGGACUUAUACUCAUGUUUAUUUUAUUUAUUUUUUCAUCUUCUUUUGUUUUUGCACAAGUUCUAGUUCUCACUAUUGCUAGAAGUAUUUAAUGAGGUAAGAAAAAAUAAAAUACAAAAUAGAUUUGUUAAGUUUUUUUUAUAAAAUGUGAUGUU